AUGGCCGACGAUACGCCGAUUGCCGUCGAUCCAAACAUCUAUCUGAAUCAGAGCGAUGACUGGCAAUCUGAAACCACUUCAAUCGGGUCCUCGAUUUAUAAGGGCAUAAUAGAGAAUGGCAGAAGAUACCAGACCUUGAAAAACGAGUACUCCUACCCUUCCGACGAACAGCAGUUCGAAGCCUACGAAGCUACACACCUUGCAGCCCUUGUCGCAGAUUCAGGCAGGCCGAACCCGCUAUUCCAAAGCCCUCUUGGCCCUUCGGCUAAAAACAUCCUUGAUAUCGGCACUGGAAAAGGAUCAUGGGCCAUCGAUGUUGCCGAUAUGUUUCCUGACGCAACCGUUCGUGGCGUCGAUCUAUUCCCGCCUCCAGUCACCUGGAUGCCUCCCAACUGCAUUCUCGAGGUGGACGAUAUUCUGCACGAGUGGACCUGGCGCGAAAAGUUUGACCUUAUCCAUUUUCGUGUUAUGCAGUGUUCUUUUACUCCUCAAGAGACAGAGCAGUUGUUGAAGCAAUGCUAUGAUAAUCUUGAGCCUGGAGGGUGGAUCGAGCAUCUUGAGCUCCAUCCAAAUAUAUACUGUGAUGACGGUAGCAUUCCGAAGGAUAACACUUUAUUUAGUGUUGGAUCUACUUGGGAUGCUGCUGGUGAUGAGUCUGGAAGACCUAUGAACAUCAUUGAAACAAUGCGGGAAUCGAUUGAAAAGGCUGGUUUCAUCGACGUCCACGAAAUAAAUGCAAAGUGGCCUCUUGGACCAUGGCCCAAAGACAAAACAAUGAAGGAACUCGGAUUGAUCAACCUCCAACACUGGCUGACUGGUUUAGAGGGAUAUGCGAUGCACUUAUUCACCAAGUAUGGAAAACCCGCCCCGUGGUCCAAGGAGGAAGUGCAGGUAUAUAUCGCAGGCAUAAGAAAGGAGCUGUUGAACCCCCGUCAUCACCCCUAUCAACGUGCCAGGAGAGUCUGGGCUAGGAAACCAUUACCCAGCGAAGAGGUCGAGAAGACUGUCAAUAUCAAGGAGGAGGGAACCGCCGCUGAGCCACCCGUCCAAGUCAAGGUCGAACAAGAUUGA